AUGUCUGGCCCACCAGUGUCAGGGAUCCUCUUAUCUCUAUAUUCCCAGUUGUGGGAUUCUAGGCGUGUGCCACCCCCACGCAUUUUACAUGAGUUUUGGAAAUCAAACUUGCGUCUUCAGAUAGACGCAAUUCUUAACCCUCAUCAGAGAAGCCUUUUCUUGCAGUUGAUGGUGAUUGAUACAAAGAUCUACAAGUGGCCAAUGUGGAGAGAACAAGAGUAUGGAAUACACAGUUCUAAAGUAGGUCCUCUGCAUCACACCUCAUUCCUCCAGGAUGUGGGGAUCAUUGCCAAAGAGGGGCGGGAGUUGUCAGGGGACACCUGUCUGUGCCCAGCCUCAGGGGCCAAGCCCAAGAUAAGUGGCUUCAAGGGUGGCGAGCUGGGCAACAAGUACAUGCAGCUUAAUGUGGGUGGCUCCCUGUACUACACCACAGUGCGGGCCCUAACACACGACAUGAUGCUCAAGGCCAUGUUCAGUGGGGGCAUGGAGGUGUUGACCGACAAAGAAGGCUGGAUCCUCAUAGACAGAUGUGGAAAGCAUUUUGGCACCAUCUUGAAUUACCUCCAAGAUGACACCAUUACCCUCCCACAAAACCGGCAAGAAAUCCAGGAAUUGAUGGCUGAAGCAAAAUAUUACCUCAUUCAAGGGCUAGUGAAUAUGUGCCAGACUGCCCUUCAGGGCAAGAAAGACUCCUACCAGCCUGUGUGCAACAUCCCCAUCAUCACCUCCCUGAGAGAGGAGGACAGGCUCAUCCAAUCCUCCACAAAGCCUGUGGUGAAGCUGCUGCACAACAGGAGCAAUAACAAGUACUCAUACACCGGCAAUUCUGAUGAUCACCUACUGAAAAACAUUGAACUCUUCGACAAGCUGUCACUGCGCUUCAAUGGUCAUGUGCUCUUCAUCAAGGACAUGAUUGGUGAUGAAAUUUGCUGCUGGUCUUUCUAUGGCCAGGGUCGCAAGCUGGCAGAGGUUUGCUGUACCUCCAUCGUGUAUGCCACAGAGAAGAAGCAGACCAAGGUGGAAUUCCCAGAGGCCCGAAUCUAUGAGGAGACUCUCAACAUCUUACUCUAUGAGACCCCUAGAGUCCUUGACAAUUCCUUGCUGGAGGCCACAAGCCGGAGCCGCAGUCAGGCUUCCCCCAGUGAAGAUGAAGAUACCUUUGAACUGCGGGACCGUGUCCGCCGCAUUCACGUCAAGCGCUAUAGUACUUACGAUGACCGGCAACUUGGCCACCAGUCUACUCGUAGAGACUAA